GCGUGCGCAUAACGUUUGCUCAUGACGCGUAAUAACAGGCGACACUUAAGGAAACAUGUCGCUAUUUUUGUGACACUUCCGGAUUUAUAUUGGAUAAAAAUAUAAACAUCUAACGAUCGGUUUGGUAACGGUGUUUAUUGCAUUAUCAAAUCAAGCAGUAACACGAUACGCAUCGGUAUCUUUUGAUAAAUCGCUUUCCCGCCGUGAUACAGGUUUGCCGUGCGGCCAUGGCUGCUUUCCCUUGUCGCCGAGUCACCGCCUACCGACACUGGGAUUAAGGCGGCCCGCUCGGGCAUGUAGCUCGGGAGAGGACAACGCUUUUUUUGUCUGCUCUGCUUUUGGAUAGUGCUGUCAAUGGGGAAGAGGAAAGAGAUGAUUCACCAAAAGUAUUUUUCGGGAGAUGAGUCUGGGGGACAUAAGAGGAAACACAAGAAACAUAAGAAGCACAAGAGGAGGCACCACAGAGAAGACGGGGUUCACGCCUUCCCUCCAGAGGCCCUGGAGUCCCAUUCAGGAGGAGGCCUCAAGCCUCAGCUCAAGCUGAAGAUCAAGCUGGGGGGACAGACCCUGGGCACCAAGAGUGUUCCGACGUUCACCGUGGUGCCAGAGGCGGAGCGCUCGCCGUCGCCACUGAUGGUGGUGGAUGACGUGGAUGAGGAGGAGCCCACGGAGGGCGUGCCCAUUGAGCAGUACAGGGCCUGGCUGGAUGAGGACAGCAACUUGGACCCUUCCCCCCUCCCUGACAUGGACACGGACUCCCUCCUGGGGGGGCCCAUGGACGAGGAGGAGAAGUGGCUGGAUGCCCUGGAGAAGGGAGAGCUGGAUGACAACGGGGAGCUGAAGAAGGAGAUUGACGAGUCACUGCUGACCGCGAGACAGAGAGCCCUGCUGCACAAACAGCAGAGCCAGCCCUUGCUAGAGCUGCCCAUGGGUUAUAAGGAGAAAGCCAUGACGGAGGAGAUGAUGCAGAAGCGGGAGGAGCGCGCUCGCAAGCGCCGCCUGCAGGCCGCCAAGAAGGCCGAGGAGAACAAGAACCAGACCAUCGAGAGGCUCACCAAGACCAGCAAGGCCAAGAUCAAGAGCAUGCGAGAGCGCAAGGCCCGGCAGACCCCCUGCCCCAUGGUGCGAUAUUGCGACUCUGCCCACGGCACCACCAUCUCCUUCCCUCAGGGCGUGCCCACCCCCGUGGUGGCUGCCACCAGACCCCUGCCCAUCCCCGUCAGCUGCGGGGUAACCGGCUGCUCCAACCUCAAGAGGUACUCCUGCUCGCGGACCGGAAUCCCCCUCUGCAGCCUGGACUGCUACCGGAAGAAUCUCCUGGUGAUGGGGAUGGCGUGAGAGAUGGGGUGAGACUCCCCCCCCCGACCACCAGACGGGACUGUACUUGUCAUGUACCCCCAAAUCGGGGGGGUUAAUGAGACUGAUGAAUUAUGUCUAAAGGAAAUAAGGCACAUCGCUGAGCAUGACCAAGAUCGUGUGUAUUUAUUGAUGUACGUUGGUGUGGUGAAACCCACCGUCGCACUGUUCGAAUUAUGGUGACUGGUCUUGUUGUUGUACAUGAGUAACUGGAUUGUCAGUAGACGGGUCAGUAACCUGAGAUUAAAGCCUCCCUAUGUGGGACCAGUAGGAUGUGUGUUUUAGGCCCACUGUGAGAAGCUUUAAAUGAUAUGAUGGAUGGUGUCACAGAAAAUGGCUUUUCCAGGAGUAGCCGCUGGAGAACUUGUGAGUCAAGGACUAAGUCAGCGAGGACCACAGGCAGGAACCCGAUGGGGUGUGUCUGUCUGUCUCUCUGACACGCACACAUGCAGCAGGUGGCAAAGGAAAAGGCAGGAUUAGAGUCCAGGACAUUACAGGGAUAAUGCAACAGACUUGUUUUAAAACCAUUUAACAUGUUACCACACCACUGUUUUAAAUUUCACAAGUAAAAUUUUAUUUUUAUAUUUA